UUGUGAAAAAUGAUUCCUGGACGUGCCCUUCACUAUGUUCUUAAAAUCGGAGAUCGUGCCAAGAACAUCCACUUUUUCAAAAACAUCCUGGGAAUGAAGGUACUGCGUCAUGAGGAGUUCACUGAAGGAUGCGAUGCUCAAUGCAAUGGCCCAUACGACAAUCGCUGGAGUAAGACCAUGAUCGGGUUUGGUCCAGAAUCCGAUUUUUUCGUCGUAGAGUUGACCUACAACUACGGAGUGAAAACUUACGAGUUGGGAAAUGAUUUCGGAGGGAUAACAAUCCACGAUAAGGAUAUUCUCUCUCGUGCUAAGAAUCUCAACUAUGAAAUCUCCAAAGACGGCGAGAGGGAGUUCCUGACCAGUCCGGAUGGAUAUAAGUUCUUCAUUGAAAAUGCUGAAUCAACAUCUCCUGAUAAAGUGACGAAGGUGACACUGCAUUGCACGAAUCUCAAACAAUCUCUCGAAUACUGGGUUGGACUCCUGGACAUGAAGAUACUCUGUCAGGAAGAUAACAGCGCAACUCUGAGUUAUGACGAGAAGCAAACCAGUUUGGAACUGAAAGAGAUCAGUGAUCCUUUGAACAGAGCAAAAGCCUACGGAAGGAUUGCCUUUGCUGUUCCAGCUGACAUUCAACCGCAAAUUGAUGAGAAGAUCAAAGCUAACAAGGGAACUAUUCUGACCCCUUUGAUAUCUCUGGACACUCCCGGAAAAGCAACUGUCCAGGUAAUCAUUCUAGGGGAUCCGGAUGGUCAUGAGAUUUGUUUCGUCAACGAAGAAGGAUUCUCAGAGCUCUCUAAAGUUGAUCCUAAAAGUGAUGAGAGUCUCGAAAAGUACAUCAAGAAGGAUCCAUUCCAAUAAAAUUUUUGUGCAGGAUAUUAUCAAUGGAUAUAUUUGUAAAAUCAGUAUAAUUCAAAGAAAUAAAAUUUCUAUAUGUUUUUGAAGUUUAA